UUUCGUCCCCACUUGACCCCACGCGGCGCCUUAUCGCAGCGAACAAUCGACCCUUCUUCUAUACGACACCGCGACCGGACGCUGGGAAUAUAUUUAUCGACCAUGCUCGGAAGCGCGCGGGUCGUCGUCGUUUUGCUAGUGGGAGUCGCGGCGGCGAACGCCUUGGUCGAGCUGAAAAUGCUGCCGGACUCUGGCAAGGUGCCGCUGGUCGUCAACACCUGGCCCUUCCUCAACGCCACCAUCCAAGCGUGGAAAAGUGUUUUCCAUCAAAAGAAAAAUGCCGUCGAUUCUGUUGUGCGGGGUUGCAGCACUUGUGAAGAGGAGCAAUGCGACGGUACCGUCGGAUACGGAGGAAGUCCAGAUGAAAACGGGGAAACAACUUUGGACGCAAUGAUAAUGGAUGGUGUCACAAUGAAUGUUGGCGCCGUCGGUGCUUUGCGUAAAGUGAAAAAUGCGAUCGGCGUGGCCAAACACGUCCUGCACAACACGAAGCACACUUUACUCGUAGGGGAACAGGCGACUGAUUUUGCCGAUAAAAUGGGUUUUCCGGUCGAAAACUUAACUACGGACAACUCGGUCAUUAUCUAUAACAUCUGGAAACGUCAUUUGUGCCAGCCGAACAACUGGCUUAACGUAUCUCCUGAUCCGAAAACUUCGUGCGGGCCCUACGCGCCCUCGGAGUUUAAAAAAGUCACCAAUGCACAUUCAAAUAGCGCAUCCGAAGAAAGUCACGACACGAUCGGGAUGCUGGUGAUUGAUUCAAAGGGGGACGUGGCGGCGGGAACCUCAACCAACGGCCUCAGACACAAAAUUCCAGGCCGUGUUGGAGAUUCGCCCAUACCAGGGUCUGGUUCGUACGCGGACAACAAAGUCGGUGCCGCCUGUGCGACCGGAGACGGAGAUGUUCUCAUGAGAUUCCUGCCCAGUUUCUUAGCCGUAGAGGAAAUGCGUCGGGGACUAACGCCGACCGCUGCGGCCGAAAUGGCCAUCGGGAGGGUGAUCGAGCACUACCCUGACACAAUGGGCGCCGUCAUCGCCGCCAACAUCGACGGCGACUUUGGCGCCGCGUGCAGCGGAAUGAAGAAUUUCACGUUUUGUGUUGCGAACGCAAAAUACGGCGGCCCGACUUUGAUCACGAUUUCCUGUCUCAAACAACAGGGAAAAAACAAGUUGGAAAAUUAAUUAGGAUUUCAAUUAAAAAUUGCCAAACACGCAUUCUUGCCAUAACGCUCGGCGAUAAUUUUGUGGUUUGCAAAAACGCUUCUUUACAAAGUUGUGUUAGAAAUUUAAAAAAAUUUCCACAAAUAUUUUUCAAAAUUAAUUGAUUAGGUGGUAAAAUUCUCUUCAAACUAUAAAGAAAAACGAAAAAAUGUAUUCUCGUAAAUUAAAAUGAUUAAUAAAUUUGUACUCACCAAGCCCAAAUCUGCCAGAACUGCGUCUUUUGAGCACAGGCGCCGAAAACUGACGGUUGUAGACCUUUUCUUUGUCUAUCACAUUGGUACUUCCUGUGAAUAAAUAUUUUCUUAUUGAAGUAUACA